AUGAUUGAGGCUUUAUGUAGAAGCUAUAUAUGGUAUGGUAGCAACACUAUCACUAAGAAAGCAUAUGUGUCUUGGGAGAGAAUGUGUACUCCUAAAUCUGUUGGUGGUCUGAACCUCAUCAACCUUCUUCUAUGGAACAAGACAACAAUUGCAAAAGUGUGCUGGGAUUUAGCUCAUAAAGAAGACAAACUAUGGAUCAAAUGGAUUAAUGCCUACUAUGUUAAACAACAACAACUGAAGGACAUGCCAAUUCCAAAGCAGGCUAGUUGGAUGGUCAGGAGGAUAAUUGCUUCAAGAGAUAUUCUGCAACAAGCUCAAAGUUCAAAUGAUCACAUUGGCACCAUCAGACAACUAUACUUACAACUAUUAGGAGAUCUACCAAGAGUAAGUUGGAAGAAUCUGCUAUUCCAGAACUCUGCUCGUCGAAAGACUGUCUUCAACUUAUGGUUACUACUACAAGGAAGAUUACCUACCAAGGACAGGUUAGUUAACUGGGGAUUGAACAUUAACCAACAAUGUGUGUUAUGCCAAGGACAUGUGGAGACAAGAGAUCACCUCUUUUUGUUAUGCUCAUAUGCAGUAAUGUUGUGGAAACAAGUAAUGAGGUGGAUUCAAGAAGAUCAAUCGAAUAAUCACAACUGGGAUCAACAUCUUCAAUGGAUCAUCAACAAAGCCAAAGGAAAGUCAAGUAGGGCCAGCAUUUUCAGAAUGGUGGUUACUGAAGCUUCAUAUGCAUUAUGGAUGGAAAGGAAUACACAUAUUUUUGAACAGAUAUAUCGUAGCAGUGAAGUUUUAGCACGAGAAAUAGCUUAUAUAUGUAAUGUUACAGUAGUUCCUAGAGCUAGAAAACAAAUGCAGCAAAUUUUGAUAGUAGAGUAG